CUUCCCCAUACUUUUGGUUAUAGUAUAAACCUCGUAACCUGAGCCCAUCUUUCUCUUUCUCCUCAGUCGGUUGCAGUCUCUCUGCAAUUUUGCUGUGUCCUGGUACCCUGUAGCACUAGUCAUAUACUAUACGGCCUUUUUUCUGUUUCCUCUGCCAGCAAAAGCCACUUCCCAAUUCGACACUUGUCCCAAAACUCAAAAAAGAAAAAAAAUAUGACUCCUCCAGAGCCAUUUUCAAUUCACCGGGCCAAAAUGUUCAGUCUUAAAUCAGAAAGUCUUGUACUUUUGUCUUUUAUCUUUGUCACUAUCAUAAAUUGACUAAAUAGGGAGUAUUUUGCUAAGAGUUUUUUUUUUUUUUUUUAAACUUUUAAACUCGCGAGUCACCAUGUAAAAUUAAUUGUACAUACGAGAUUAAUCAUUAAUUGUGUAAUUAUAUACAGGUAGCUGCAGCUAUCCGAGACUAAGCAUGAAUUUGUUGGUGAAUUAUGACAUGGGCAACCCUUUAUGUUAAAUCUUGUACUUUUGCUGGUACCACAUUGUUUAAAGAACACUUUCCUUUUAGUGCUUGUGUUUCACCCAAGAAGGGCAGAAGGCCCAAAAGGGUCCUCUUUGGGGUCAUGUUCUCGAGUCUUGAGUAAAUUAACGGUGUCUGUUUUCACUGUAGUGGUGUGAAUUUGGUUGGGUAUUGAGCGGGGGAAAGAAGAAUAAAAAUGGCUUCUUUAAAGCCUGGUAUAUUACUAAAGCUUUUGCAGAAUGUGGAUAACAAAGAGGCCAAAGUUGUUGGUGAACACCGCUCUGCUCUUCUUCAGGUGAUUGGAAUAGUACCUUCAUUGGAUGAUGAUCCAUGGAAGAGUAGGGGGUUUUAUUUAAGAGUAUCGGAUUCAGUGCACUCAGCCUAUUUAUCUGUCUUAGAUGAAGAUGUAGAGUUGAUAUUGAGUGACAAGAUUCAACUGGGUCAAUUCAUCCAUGUGACCAGACUUGACCCUGGCUCCCCUGUUCCAGUGCUCUGCGGCUUAAAACCGGUGCCAAAAAGGCGUCCUUGCAUAGGGGAGCCAAAGGAUUUGAUUUCGAGCGAUGUUUUGACAGUUAGGAAAAAUGUGGACUCAAAAAGGGUGAAAAAGAAGGUGGGGCUUGAUAAGAAAUCCUUGGUAAAGGAGAAUCUAAAGGGGAAACUGAAUGGAGUUUUGGAUAACGAAGGUUUGAAAUCAAGAAGGCUUUCAUUGAGCUAUGGGAAUGUUGGUGGGCUGGAGGUUAGAAGGUUGAGCUUGGAUUCGAUGAGGAAAGGAUGGGAUCGGAGCCCUGGGGGUAAUGGUAGUGUUGUAUCAGUAUCAAAGUCAAAGUUCAAAGAGGGUUCUUUGGGUUUGGAUUCUUCAAGGAGCCCUGCAGGUAAUAAUGGUGUUGCACCGGUGUCAAAGCUGAAACCCAAAAACGUUUCUUUGGUUUCAGAUUCUGUAAAUAGCACCGCAUGUAAUAGGGGCGUUACAUCAGUUUCAAAGUCAAAAUCCAAAGAUGGCUCGGAAUCUGUUCUUCCUGGCAAGAAAAGUUCUGAUGAGGAUUCCACAUCAAAAAAUUCAAGCAUUUCACCUCUUAAAUCCAAAAAUGGGAUAGCGUCGCCAAAACUUAUAACCAAACCUACUAGGAAAGAUCUGAGGUCUUCAAACAAUGAAACUCUACCAGCUCAACUUAAGAAGGUGUAUCUCAGUUUUGGAAAUUGGUCUGACUCAAAGAUCUCAAGCAAGUCAGUUCCUCCGACCAUCCAUAAUCUUGGAAAGGAGGUAAAAACUUAUAGGAACAGUUCCUUCCUGUCUGCUGCACAUGCCAUGGAAGAUGCAGCUGCUGCAGAUGGUGUCAUUCGCUGCAUGAGCAUGUUUGCAGAACUGUGCGAGUCAUCUGAAAAAGAUUCUGCUGGACAAUUGGUGGAGCAGUUUUUGAACCUUCAGGGGAAUAUGCAGAAUGCAGCAGCCAUGAUUGAGGCAUUGGUUGAAACCAGGACUCUUGAGGCAAAAAGAGGCAAUUCUUGCAGCAGUCAGCCCCCAUCACCAGAAAUGUGCUCUAAAUUUGCAAGCAAGAAUGCCUUAUCAUGGGUACAAGCUGCAGUUGAGACUGAUCUUGCAAAAUUCUCUUUGCUCAGAAAGGACGAAAAGAAAGGCAUUCAGAGUGGUCAGAAUUGCUUCUAUGUGAUGUUAGAAAAUGCUCCGAAGAAAAUUGAAGCUGAGAACUCCCCAUCAAAAAAUAAGAGAAGCCCUAGAAACCAUGAUAAAGUUGUAUCAGAUUCCAAUGCAAAAAAUCCGCCUCGAAGUUCAAGGCAGCUUCCAUCAGUGACAAAACGGGCAACUGUUGAAACUGAAGAGUGGUGCAAGGGAAAUGGGUUGAAGGAUGCUGCAAGUUUAGCAGAAAAGUUGCUCUUAGUAUCUCGUGGAUGGUUCCUAAAUUAUUUGGAAAAUUUCUUAGACAAGGACUGUGGACUCAUGAAUGGCGAGGCAGAUUCUAAAACAGCAAGUCUCCUUGGACAGCUUAAGAGGGUUAAUCAGUGGUUGGAUGAUUCAUUUCCGCAAGGUCAUGGAGUUGAUGAGAGGAUAGAUGGCUUAAAAAAGAAGCUGUAUGGGUUUCUGUUGGAUCAUGUUGAUUCAGCAAUCCUCUCAAAGAGGUAGGUUACAGUGGAAACAAUUGACUUUUUUCUAACUCAACUGAUUCAACUUGCUUUCACUAACAAUCUGCUAUAAAAGGGUGUUCUUGUUUUGCUUGCAAAAAAUUUGUCAUGGAUGCAAAUGCAAUGCAUUCAAAAGCUUCUAAAAGCGUCAAAGUCCAUUGAUUGAAUAUGGAAGGGUAUACUUCAUUAUUGAGAUGUACAGGUGAACUUGACAGCUUGUUUUUUCGUUAAGAUUGGAAAUGUAUGUGAAUUCUUCUGCUAUGUUAUGAUUAUUGGUUGAUUA